AUGGUCAUUGCAGUUGUGCCUGUUAUAAAUAUGAGUAUUCAUGAUUGCGAACGUGCAGCUAUUGAAGCCGCGAACAAACCUGCUGAGCAGAAUAGUGAAGAAUCUAGUGAUGAGCUUGCGCCAACACCACCAGAUAGUCCAAUUCCAUCAACCGGUGGAGCGUUCCCAGGCGUUUCUGGAGGGCCCGACCUUGACGAUGAAUUCUAUGCGAUCGCUAGUCGCCCUGAUAGCGAGAAAAACUUGAUUUAUUUCAUCGGAUUGGUUGACAUUCUUACAUAUUAUGGAAUCAAAAAACGAGGUGCUACUGCAGCGAAAACAGUCAAAUACGGAUCAGAUGCUGAAAAUAUCAGCACAGUCAAGCCUGAUCAGUAUGCCAAACGCCUUGUGGAAUUUGUGACGCGUGCUCUUAACUAA